AUGCUCCCCAAGCUCCUCCUCGCCUCCCUCUCGGCCGCCUCCGCCGCCUCGGCCGAGCAGGUCCUCGGCGUCUACGUCUUCCACCGCCACGGCGACCGCACGGCCAAGGCCUGGGCCCCCGUCAACCUGACGGCCCUCGGCGCCGACCAAGUCGCCUCCUCCGCCGCCUUCUACCGCUCCCGCUACGUCGACUCCGACUCCAGCUCCAGCAACGCGGACACGCGCAUCGCCGGCAUCAGCCCCGACGCCGCCGUCCUCUCCCAGCUCGCCAUCACCGCCCCCGUCGACAACGUCCUGCAGAACUCGGCCGCCGUCUUCGCCCAGGGCCUCUACCCGCCCUCCAGGGCCGCCGGCUCGCAGCGGCUCCGCAACGGCACCACCGUCGAGGCGCCCCUCGGCGGCUACCAGUACAUCCCCGUCAACGCCGUCGCCUCGUCCGCCAGCUCCGCCGGCUCCGAGAGCAGCGCCUGGCUCCAGGGCAGCAGCGGCUGCGGCAACGCCGUCGUCAGCUCCAACAGCUACUUCCUCACCCCCGAGUACCUCGCCACGCUGAACCAGACGCACGACUUUUACCAGGGCCUGCUGCCCGUCAUCAACACCACUUUCAACUCUUCCACGGCCACUUACAAGAAUGGCUACACGAUCUUUGACUACAUCAACGUAGCCAACAUCCACAACACCUCCAUCCCCUCCUCCAACCUCCUCACAAACUCCACCCUCACCAACCUCUACGACCUCGCCUCCACCCACGAGUGGAACCUCGCCUACAACGCCAGCGAGCCCGCCCGCGCCAUCGCCGGCUCCGUCCUCGCCGGCCAGAUCCUCACCGCCCUCCAGGCCAUCGUCGACAAGCCCAGCUCGGCCCCCAAGUUCAACGUCCAGUUCGGCGCCUACGCCGCCUUCAUGGCCUUCUUCGGCCUCGCCCAGCUGCCCGCCGCGUCAAGCGACUUCUACGGCAUCUGCGACUACGCCUCCUCCAUGGCCCUCGAGCUCGUCGCCCCCUCCGCCGACAGGACCUCGGCCGACGACCUCUCCGUGCGCUUCCUCUGGUCCAACGGCACCGCCGCCGCCCACGGCCUCAAGGCCUACCCGCUCUUUGGCCAGAACGAGACGUCCAUCAGCUGGAACGACUUCAAGGCCGGCAUCGGCAAGUUCGCCGUCGCCGACACCAAGGACUGGUGCACCGUCUGCGGCAACACCGACGGCUCCUGCGCCGCAAACUCCACCGACGCCAGCAGCCCGAGCAGCCAGUCCUCCGACGACGGCAGCAAGGGAGGCAACGGCAUCAGCAGGGCCGUCGCCGGCGUCAUCGGCGCCAUGGUCACCCUCGGAGUCAUCCUUGGUCUCGAGGCCCUCGUCCUGCUGCUGGGCGGCCUGCGCGUGGUCAAGAAGUCGACGUUGGCUGGGGCCGCGGGCGCGGGAGGCGCUGGUGAGACGGCUGCCAAGGCGUGA